CACCAGAAGUCACCUCGCGUAGGACAAGGGAAUUGCAACCUUCAGCUCAGUUCAGUUUUGGCUGAAUCGGUCGUAUCGCGAAUGUUUGGCAUGGACUCGUCGUCAAUCAGCCGAUACCAGCUAUAUGCUGUAGCUGUAGCCGUGAUGUUUGUCUUCGUUGUGCUACUGUGCUUCCGCACGAAGCAAGGCACCGUCGAAAUGCUGUUGCCCAACGAGCACGUGGGCCACUUGUAUGGGCUCGCACGAGACGCCCUCGAAGAUCCGUCGCUGGAAGCCAAGAAAUGGUCGUGCAGUGUGUGCAGCUUUCGAAACGCGCCGGACCAGCUCGAGUGUGUCUUGUGUCGAACGAGUCAAGCCGUGUACUUGUUGGUGGCCCCAGAGUUUGGCUCGCCCGACGGCAGUGUUGUGACUGUGGACAAGCUCAACUCGACGCAACGCAGCGCCAGAGAGCGACACGACUGGGUACGUGUCUACUACAGUACACGUGCGACCCCCCAGUGGACCACCAAUCGUGAAACUCUAUCGUCGAGCCAGCAUUACGUGGCCACUGAAUCGACGGAAACGUUUCAGCUGGUUGAGUUGGCCCCCGAGAUGGCUGGUGUAGCCAUAGCCAGUGGGGCGCCGAUCGCGUCGUGGUGGUUUGGUCAGCUGGAGCACCUGCAAAGCCUGAGUUUUUCCCUCAAGUACGCGUGGCUAGUGACCGAGUUGUCGGGGCUGACUGAGAAGCACACCAAGAUGAAGAUCUUCCGCGCCAAGGUGUUCCAAGAGUCCAUCCACGUACUCAUGCUCAUCAGUCCCGACCAACUGUGCACCAAGACCAAGAUCACGCUGCUGGGGGAAAGCGCCAUCGACGCGGGGGGCGUCACGCGGGAGUGGUACACGCUGCUCACGACCGAGAUCUUCAGCGACGAGCAGGGGCUGUUUAUGGUUACCAACAAGGACGACCAGUCGUUCUUUAUCAAUCCCAACUCGGAAAGAGACCACGGCCCCAACCACUUGGCAGACUUUCAAGCUGUGGGACGGCUCCUCGGUCGAGCCAUCAUCGACGGCCAAGUGCUGCCGUUUCACUUUUGUGUCCCGCUGUUCAAGAUGCUGCUGGGGUACCCCGUCUCGAUCGAAGACAUUCGGUACUUGGACCCGACCGUGUAUUCGAGCUUGACCUACAUUCGCGACUGCGAUGACGUGGACGAUCUGGCACUGACGUUCAGUGUGACUGUGGACACGGAUGUACCGGAAGUGGAGCUGGUGGUCGGGGGUCGGGACGUGGGGGUGACCAACGCCAACAAGGCCGAGUACGUGGAGAGGAUGGUGCAGUACUUGAUGUUUGAGCGCGUGGCGCCGCAGCUGCAGCGGCUGGUGCAGGGUCUGUACGACGUGUUGCCCCAGGAGCUGCUCAUGCCGUUCGACUACAAGGAGCUGGAGCUGAUUUUGUGUGGGUUUUCAGAGAUCGACGUGGGUGACUGGAAGCGGUCCACGAUCGUGUCCAAGUCGCUCGAGGACGUCGUCGGGUGGUUCUGGGACGUUGUCGAGUUUGACAUGACGCCCUCUGACCGGGCCAAGCUGCUCCAGUUCACCACGGGGUCGUCCCGCGUACCCAUCCAGGGGUUCAAGGGCCUCACGAGCUACGAUGGCCGGCUGUGCCCGUUUUCUCUGCACGGCACUCCGUACGUCAAAGGCGCCUUUCCAAAGGUCCACUCGUGCUUUAACCGCAUCGACCUGCCCACGUAUCCGUCUCGAGAGUUGCUACGGGAGGGUCUCUUCGUCCUAGUGACCAUAGACACGUCCGAGUUUACGAUUGCCUGAGUCGAACCGGUAUUGAAAAUAUACGCUAUUUAUUCGGUACGAGGUUGCCCCAUAAUAGAGAGACUAGAUUUCUAUUGUGGAUGUUGGUUAGCCGCAGGCUAAAAGUAGAUGAAAUCAC